UGCUUUCACAGCGGUCCUGGGGUCAUCUUGGAAGGAGAGCUAAUUGAUUUGUCUCGUCAUUCAAUCACAGAUAUCAGCAAUCAGAAGACUCGCUAUUAUGUCCUCUACAUUAAACCCAGCCGAGUUCAUCGGAGAAAGUUUGAUGCAAAGGGAAAUGAAAUUGAGCCCAACUUCAGUGACACCAAAAAAGUCAACACUGGCUUUCUUAUGUCAUCCUACAAGGUUGAGGCUAAAGGUGAGACUGACAAACUCUCUGUUGAAGAACUAAAAGCAUCAGUUGAAAAGGGUGAUCUGGUGAAAAUUACUGGGAAACACACACCUACCCAGACAAUAGCAUUCUGGAUUUCAGAGGAAGAAAUGUUGAAGACAGAGCUUGAUGAAGGGCAACAUGUCCGUUUAAAAACAAAAGGAGAUGGCCCUUUCAUAUUUUCUUUUGUCAAGCUGGACUCUGGCGCAGUCACUAAAUGUAACUUUGCUGGAGAUGAAAAAGCUGGAGCUUCGUGGACUGACAAGAUAAUGGCCAACAAGUCCAGUAGUGCAGGUGGAAGCGAACCUUUACGACAUGGGGAUGGUGCAGAUGAAGAUGAAUGGAUGAAGAUGAGGCUCAAGGGACGCAGAUUUGAGACGGUGGAGGAGAUCCAAGCGGUAACAACCGACAUCUUGAACACACCGACAAAAAAUGACUUCCAGAGGUGCUUGGAAAGGUUGAAAUCUCGCUGGGAUUGGGGUAUCAACUCAGCGGGUGACUAUUUUGAAGGAACUGUUCACCAUUAAUUGUUAUUUGUGUGUAUGAUUUUAAAUAAAUGCACGCCGGGAACUUUUGGAUCGCACA